UGUGGUUCCACGGGAGGAAAGCACGCCCAGUCACAUUAAAGAAGCCAAACUGUCUGCUUCAAAGAGAAAAGGCAACAUCCUGUCACAAGCCAUGCUCUGGCAAAAAUCCACAGCUCCAGAGCAAGCUCCUGCCCCACCACGGCCAUACCAGGGCGUUCGAGUCAAGGAGCCAGUGAAGGAGCUACUGAGAAGAAAGCGUGGCCAUACCAGCGUUGGGGCAGCUGGGCCACCGACCGCGGUGGUACUGCCCCACCAGCCCCUGGCCACCUACAGCACUGUGGGUCCUUCCUGCCUUGAUAUGGAGGUUUCUGCUUCCACAGUGACAGAGGAGGGAACAUUAUGUGCUGGCUGGCUCUCCCAACCUGCCCCGGCCACUCUUCAGCCAUUGGCUCCAUGGACACCCUACACGGAGUAUGUGUCCCAUGAAGCUGUCAGCUGCCCCUACUCCACUGACAUGUACGUGCAGCCUGUGUGCCCCAGCUACACAGUGGUGGGACCCUCCUCAGUGUUGACCUAUGCUUCUCCACCACUCAUCACUAAUGUCACGCCAAGAAGCACUGCUACACCCGCGGUGGGGCCCCAGCUGGAGGGCCCCGAGCACCAGGCGCCCCUCACCUAUUUCCCGUGGCCUCAGCCCCUUUCCACACUGCCCACCUCCAGCCUGCAGUAUCAACCUCCUGCCCCAACCCUGUCUGGGCCCCAGUUUGUCCAGCUCCCCAUCUCUAUCCCAGAGCCAGUCCUUCAGGACAUGGAUGACCCCAGAAGGGCCAUCAGCUCCCUGACCAUUGACAAGCUUCUUCUGGAGGAAGAGGAAAGCAACACGUACGAGCUCAACCACACCCUCUCCGUGGAGGGCUUUUAGGGCUGGCUUGCAUCUAACAGCUGUUUCACCCAUAACUCAGAUUUUAAAAGCGCUCAAUAGAGCCCAGACUUCUGUUUGAAGUAGCUAUUUCAUAGGCUUCCUUUCUUCCUAGAGCUAAAUUGUAUCCCUUCCUUUCUCCCUUCUUCCUUCCCUCCGCUUCCUUCCUUCCCCACUGCCGUCUUGCUUAUUUCUUAUUUCUCCUUCCAGUUUUCUUCCUCUGGAGCGGCAGAUGAUAGUGGUAUUAUGAACAACGCUUUAUACGGAAUGUCACCAAGUCUGCAGCUCAAGGUUUUCCUUUGGUGGCACAUCAUUGGGGAAGCAACCUUCUUGCAGGUGCCCCCUGCUUCCUGGUAGCAGUAGCUUUAUAGAUCUACUCUAUGAUCCGUUCUGCCAUUCUGAAAUGCACCCCAGUUUUGUUUUGUGUGCUGUUCUCAGCCUUGGCCAGAUGUACUAUCUAAGUGAAUGUUUCUGGUCUGGUUACAGGGGGAUGGGACAGGACCAUCAGGGUGGGUAGGGACAGUGAGUGAGUGAUGGGAGACCGGGCUGAGGAGCAGCAGGACACACAUGUGUGUCUGUGGUUAGAGAGGAAGUGAGGAUGGGCAGGGGAAGGAGUGACCUAACAGUCAGCUUUGAAAAAAAAUACCACUUUAAUGUGGUUUAGCUGUUCUUGUCAGCGAUUAGGAGGAAAGCUGGAUAUGGUACGGAGGAUAAAUGACGAGUCUGCUUAUUUCUGCCUCUCUGCAGGCCCACUAACAUGAUGCCAGCACUUAAAAUACUUCUGUCAGCAUAUUGCCAUAGCAACAGGAAAAGAAACAGGUGAAGCCUAUCAGUGAGGAAGCUCACACUUAGUCCUUCCACGUGGGCUUUUAAUUCCUGUUGUGACUCACCCAGGGCCAUCCUGACGCGUUGCUAUGGAUUCUUGCGCCCACUCACCAGCUGUCUCUGGGGUCCUGAAGUCCUGGUCAGCAGACCCGCUAGCCUUCAUUUUCAGUUUUAUUGCAGUUUUUGCUGGAGAAGCAUAACACUUGCUGUUGAGUGUUUUGCUGUCUCCUUGUGCUUUGCUCCUGAAGGGAAUUGGCCCAUUGUUUACUAAUGAUACCAUCAUUACAUACACACAAGUUUUAGUCUGUAGAAUCCAUGUAGAACCAAUAGAUGUUCUAGAAAAUGACAGUUUCUUUGAUAUCCCACCCCCUUUCUUUCUGUUUUCAAUGAAAACUUAGAGCUACCUGUCUUUUUUUUUUCUUUCUUUCUCUGCUUUGUGUUAUUUUGAUUCAGACAUCUCAUUAUCUACCUGAAGUCCUGGUAUACUUAGCUUGAAUUUGUAAUUCCUCUUUAAUAUUUAGAUUAAAUGCUAGAUCUGAAUGAUAGGUUUACAAUUCUGUUGGUGGUUACCAUGAACAAGAAAGGGAGAGGGAAGCCUCAGCCUAUUUAAUUAAGACCUUGUUGCACUUAAAAACACUAUUUAACAUUUCCCAGCUGCUUGGGAGUUUGAGGCAAUCACAGAGGAGUUAACACUGGGAAAACAAACAAAACAGCAAAGAAAGUAGUGUGAGCAGUUGCUGGGAUUGAAUUGGUGUCUUUUUCGCUUCUUAUCUUGAGACCUCAAGUCUUGGCUGCAGGCAUCCAAACAGAUUUCCUCCAGAGCCUCAUAUGCAACAUUUUCAAUAAAGAUUUGUUAGAUGAC